AUGAAGCCGUCUCUCACAUUCGUCCCUGUCCGGCUUGGACUCGCCGCCGCCGCUCCGCAGAGGAACCCCGACCCUUCCAAGUAUGGCCUGUCCAAGGGCUUCCCGGACAAGAUCAAGAAGACACUGGAAGACCUCAAGGCCAUAAAUCAAAAUAGGCGACGUCGCCCAACAGGGGCCACCAUCCUCUCCUUCCUCACCUCCUUGAAAGAUCUCAACAAACCCCCCCGCCCCAGAACAAGCCAAGGGCCAGUCUGGAAGAAGUUUGCCUCGGCGGCAAUCGCGUUUGUCCCCACGUUUGGCGCCCUCGGCGGCCUACCCGGCUUCCUCGCCAUCAUGAAGGCCAUCACCAUGGGCAUCUUCAACGCCGAAUCCCCCGAGCUUGCGGCCAAGGCGGAAAUGAAGGGAAAGCGCUUCAGCGACGAGGCGACAUACGAGGAUCUCUGCAACAACUGCCAGCCGCACCUGACCAUCUCGUGGCUCGGGCGGCUGAACGGCUGCACCAAGGACAAGGUGCGGCGGCGAGACGGACCAGAUUAUAGGGCAGAGCACCCGGUACGACCCUCCGCGUCCAAGGACGAGCAGAUUGGCCUGCUGCUGAGCAGCUGGAUUGGCGGCUCGCUCAUGGAGAAUAUUCACUUGCUUGGCACGGACGACUUUCGAAACGCCAUGAGGCCGGCUUGCUCUGGGCUGCUCGAGGACGAGAAGGACGUGUGUCUGUCAAAGGAAAUUUUCCAAAAGGCUGAAGAGGACUUUCCGUCUGUAACUUUUUGCGCGCCUGGAAAGGUGCAAAAGAGCCGUCAGUAG